ACACCAACUCAUUCUACAACUACAACAACAACUACAACAACAGCUUUUACUACAACAACACCAACUCAUUCUACAACCACAACUGGAACACCGACUACAACACCAACUCAUUCUCCAACUACAAGUGGAACACCGUCUACAACACCAACUCAUUCUACAACUACAACAACAACUACAACAACAGGUUUUACUACAACAACACCAACUCAUUCUACAACCACAACUGGAACACCGACUACAACACCAACUCAUUCUACAACCACAACUGGAACACCGACUACAACACCAACUCAUUCUACAACUACAACAAUGACUACAACAACACCAACUCAUUCUACAACUACAAGUGGAACACCGACUACAACACCAACUCAUUCUACAACUACAAGUGGAACACCGACUACAACACCAACUCAUUCUACAACUACAACAAUGACUACAACAACACCAACUCAUUCUACAACAACAACUGGAACACCGACUACAACACCAACUCAAUCUACAACUACAAGCUGGACUACAACAACAGGUUUUACUACAACAACACCAACUCAUUACUACAACAACAGGUUCUACUACAACAACACCGACUCAUUCUACAACUACACCUGGAACACCUACUACAACAACAGGUUUUACUACAACAACACCACCCUAUUCUAUAACUACAACUGA